AUGAAAAACAUUGAUUAUAGUAAUAGCUACUUUGAUCUGUAUUCUAGCAAUUCUGAUAGUAAAUCUGCAGAUGAAACAGAAAACUUUUCUAUUCUUAAUUUCGAUAAUGAUACAUAUCAAGAUGUUAAAAGCAAAAUUUUGCAGCAAAAUAGUUGUAAUGAAAAUAAAGAUUAUAAUCUUAAUAAUGAAUUAGAAGAAAAUAUAUUGUCUAAGUUUGAUGAAGGGGUUGACGAAAUUCUAUCAGAUCAACCUACAGAAGAUGAUAAAUAUAUACUAUAUAUUAUUGUUGAUAAUGACAAUGAUGAAAAAAAAUAA